AUGGAGGAAAUUUCGGAAGAUUCGGAAAGCGCUGCACUGCUGGCCGAGGAGAGCAAAAAUGACCCGGGCGAGGAUGUUGAACGCGCGACCACCGCAACAAAGAUGCCGCCGAAAAAUCUUAGAAGUGAGGGUAGCGGCUUGAGAUCCUCGUCUUCUUCGAGCGACGGCAGCGGUGGAAGCAGACGGAAAGCAAAGGAGUCUACGUUUUUGAGCGGGCGACAGCGCACUUCCUUAUCAAAGCAGUCGCUGUCGAAGCAGUCGUUUAAGGACGAGAGGAGCCCCCGCCGUUCGAUGUCAAGACAGAAUGCGUCGGUGUCGAAACAGAGCAGGCAAUCCAUGUCGAGAAUGGACAAAAAGCCGCCGCAGCAUCAUUCCUCGUCGUCGGAUAGUGAUCCGGAGCACCACGAUUGUAUGGAGGUUCCCUUUUGCGACUGUGGUUGUGUUAUCCUGACAAGGUUCUGGUGUGCGGUGGUCGUUGCCGUUUCUUUAUUCGUCGGCCUGGGCACAAUCAUAGUCAUCCUCUUGAUCGUCAAGAACAACAAGGAUCAGGACCAAACGGUUGAAUUGAAAGAGGCAGAAGAAGACCGUCGUCAAGCGGGCCAGGUCGCCAUUGAGUCCGCGUUUUUGGAGAUGGAUUUCUACCCCACCUCGGGACGAGAGAGGAGGCGCCCGCGGCCCGCAGACUAUGAGAACAUACAGCCUGAAAAGACACCGAGGUUGCGAGGAACCCGAAAAGCGCAAAUGCGCGCUUCGCGUGCCGCCGCGCUUGCAGCGUCGGAAUCGAGGACUGUGGAUUUGCUUAGCGAGAUGAAGAGGGGACACUAGCUGUGAGCCUUUAAUUUUUUUGUACUCCGCCAAGAGCUACGUACUUACCAUCUAUCAAAGAAGUUUUGUCAUUUUUUACUUGGAAGGUUUCAUUUCAUGUCGCGUAUUCUUUCCUUGUGAUCGCGACCCUGCUCAUUUUCACUGUUUUUGACGUUGUUAUUGACGUUGGUUGUCAUUUUUACAGAUAAAGAUUCACAUCGAUCCUGCUAGAUUCUUCCGCUCGUAUUUCAUAAGUGUAUAACACUGACUACACACGGACACGCAGAGCUCCAGUGAAGCAAAGAUAUUUAUUUGAAUGUUUGUCUUCGUCAAAAUCAAUCUCCCUCUCUUAUACUCGCCGUGCCCCAUGGGAAGGAGGAGCUGCA